UCCCGUUCUCAACUUCCCCCCUUUUCCGCUCUAAGUAGACGUGUGAGUUUCACGGGGUUUCUGAUUUUUAUUUAUUGAAAUAUAAAACCAUAUUAUAAUGGCCAUUGGUGAUUUGAAAACCCCCCAGGGUCUCAAGGACCUCGAUACUUAUCUCGCCGAUCGUAGCUACAUCGAAGGAUAUCAAGCAUCCCAGGCUGAUGUGGCAGUGUAUGACGCUCUCGGUAAGGCCCCGACAUCAAGUAACCCCCAUGUUCUGAGAUGGUACAACCACAUCAAGUCCUGCGAUCAGAAGAAACUUCCAGGAGAAAAGAAAGUUCCCGCAGUUUUGGGUGUUCAAGCUGCCAAACCAGCUGACGACGACGAUGACGUUGAUCUCUUUGGCUCUGAUGAGGAGGAGGACGCAGAGGCUGCGAGAAUCAGGGAAGAGAGACUGAAGGCAUACGCCGAGAAAAAGUCCAAGAAACCCGCCCUCAUCGCCAAAUCCAGCAUCCUCAUUGAUGUUAAACCCUGGGGGGAUGAGACUGAUCUCAAGGAAAUGGAGUCUUGUGUCAGGUCUAUUGAGAUGGACGGUCUUGUCUGGGGAGUUUCAAAAUUAGUGCCAGUUGGCUAUGGCAUCAAGAAGCUCCAAAUCCUCUGCGUCGUCGAAGAUGAUAAAGUAUCAGUCGACGAGCUUGUGGAGAAAAUUCAAGAAAAUGAGGAGCACGUGCAGUCUGUGGAUAUCGCUGCAUUCAAUAAAAUUUAAAUGAUCUACUUCGUCUUUUACCCUGGAAUAAAUGCGUAUUAAUUGUUUCUAA